AUGGGGCCGCCGCGGGGCCGCCUGGCCGGGCUCUGCCUGCUGCUGCUGCUGCAGGCUGGCCGGUGGUUUUGUGAAGAGGUGUCGCAGUGCCAGCCGGGUUUCGGCUCCGAGAGCUACAUCUUCCCUGUCUCCCGGCGGGAUCUGGAAACCGGCCGAGUGCUGGGCAAAGUGAGCUUCGAGGGCUGCGCAGGAAGGAAGCGGACGGCGUACCUGUCGGAUGACACGCGCUUCAAAGUGCACACGGACGGCGUCGUCUCAGUCAAACGUCCCCUCCAGCUCCACGGGCACGAAAAGAGCUUUUUCAUCCAUGCCUGGGACUCUGCCAGCAAGAAGCACUCUGCCAAGGUUACCGUGAAGAGAGAGGGGCACGGGCACCGCCACCACCGGCACACGGACUCCCCCGCCAAUGCUCAGGCAGACGUACUCAUCUUCCCAGAGUCCCGCCCCAGCCGGAAGAGGCAGAAGAGGGACUGGGUCAUCCCUCCAAUCAACUGCCCUGAGAAUGAGAGGGGGCCCUUCCCCAAGCCGCUGGUUCAGAUCAAAUCCAACAAGGACAAAGAGACCAAGGUUUUCUACAGCAUCACGGGGCAGGGCGCAGACACCCCCCCUGUGGGCGUCUUCAUCAUCGAAAGGGAGACGGGAUGGCUGCAGGUGACGAAGCCGCUGGACAGAGAGGACAUCAGCCACUACACGCUCUUUUCCCACGCUGUGUCUGCGAAUGGGCAGCCCGUGGAGGACCCCAUGGAGAUCAUCAUCACCGUGAGCGACCAGAACGACCACAAACCCCAGUUCACCCAGAGCGUCUUCACAGGCUCCAUAGAAGAAGGAGCCAAGCCAGGUACCUCUGUGAUGCAAGUGACAGCCACAGAUGCAGAUGACAGUGUAAACACCUACAAUGGGGUCAUUACUUACUCCAUCCUGCAGCAGAUACCUGAACAACCCCACAGCCAGAUGUUCGCCAUCAACUCUGAGAAUGGCGUCAUCAGUGUGAUUGAAACUGGGCUGGACAGAGAGACGAUCCCCAACUACACGCUGAUUGUCCAGGCUGCCGACUUACGAGGCGAAGGUUUUACUACCUCAGCCACAGCAAUGAUUGAAGUCACCGACACCAACGAUAACGCUCCAGUGUUCGACCCACUCACGUACCAAGCCACGGUGCCCGAGAACGAAGUGGGGGUGCUGGUUGACAGGCUGCAUGUGACGGACAAGGACAAGCAGGGUUCUCCGGCCUGGCGGGUGAAGUACGAGAUCGUGAGAGGGAACGAAGGGGGCUUUUUCACCAUAACCACAGACCCCAACAACAACGACGGGCUCCUGAAAACUGCCCAGGGCCUGGAUUUUGAGGUGCAAAGGCAGUUCAUCCUCCACGUUGCUGCAACGAACGACAUUCCCUUCUCCGUGCCUCUCCCGACUUCCACAGCCACCGUCACUGUGAACGUUGAGGAUGUGAACGAAGCCCCAGUCUUUGAUCCGCCUAUCAAAAGCGCAGUGGUCUCAGAGGACUUGCCUGUGGGACAGCAAGUCACCUCCUACACGGCCCGGGACCCAGAUAAGAGCCAGACGCAGACAAUCAAGUACAGCAUGGGGAGCGACCCUGCAGGGUGGCUGGCUAUUGACCCCGAAAAUGGCAUCAUCACGGCAAAACUCCCUCUGGACAGGGAGUCGAGCUUCGUAGUCAACAACACCUACAAGGCCAUAGUCCUGGCUGUCGACUCAGGGCAGCCGUCGGCCACCGGCACGGGGACCUUGCUGCUGACCCUCGAGGAUGUGAAUGACAACGGGCCAGUGCCAGAGCCACGGGAAUUUUACAUCUGCAAUCAGAACCCAGUGGUCCAGUUGUUAAAUAUUGUGGACCCGGACCUUCCCCCCAACACCGGCCCCUUCAAGGUGGACCUGCUGCACGGCUCCGGCUCCAACUGGACAGCAACUGUGAACGCCCUGGGAGGGAACCUGGCCUUAAAGCUUACCAAAUACCUGGAGUCAGGAGACUACAGCAUCAUCCUGCAGCUGGUGGACAACCAGGGUAAACCCCAGGUGACGACUGUCAAAGCCAUUGUGUGCGACUGUGAUGGGGAAGCCAGGAACUGCGAGAAGAGAGCAGCCAUCGCGGGCGGCCUGGGGAUCCCGGCCAUCCUGGGGAUUCUCGGGGGAAUCCUUGCCUUGCUGAUCCUGCUGCUGCUGCUGCUGCUCUUCGUGAGGAAGAGGAAGGUGGUGAAGGAGCCCUUGCUUCUCCCCGAGGACGACACUCGAGACAACGUCUAUCACUACGACGAGGAGGGCGGUGGGGAGGAAGACCAGGACUACGACCUGAGCCAGCUGCACCGCGGCCUGGAUGCUCGGCCUGAGGUGACCCGCAACGACGUCGUCCCGACUCUCAUGCCAGCCCCGCAGUACCGGCCACGCCCCACCAACCCCGACGAGAUCGGCAACUUCAUCGAUGAGAACCUGAAGGCGGCCGACACUGACCCCACCGCCCCGCCGUACGACUCCCUGCUGGUGUUUGACUACGAGGGCAGCGGCUCCGAGGCGGCCUCGCUCAGCUCCCUCAACUCCUCCUCUGACCAGGACCAGGACUAUGACUACCUGAACGACUGGGGCGGCCGCUUCAAGAAGCUGGCUGACAUGUACGGCGGGGGCGAGGACGAGGAGUAG